AUGUUCCAAUUGGCAAGCAACACAGACGAAGCCAAAAAAUUACUUCUCUUGUUGAGUGGAUUGAAAGUCCAAAUUGUGGAUGCCAAAAGCAUAGAUGAAGAUCUUGAAAAGGGGGCUGCUUUGAAUUGGUAGUAAUUUUCAAUUGAUCUCAUCAAAGAACAAAAUGAUCUCUCAGAUCAAAGACAAAAUCUAGAAUAAUCCGUUCUUAAUUAUUUGAGCAUCAUUGAAGAAUCCAAAGAAAAGCUAAAUUACCAUUAGGUUGAGUGA